UAUAUAUAUAUAUAUAUAUAUAUAUAUAUAUAUAUAUAUAUAUAUAUAUAUAUAUAUAUAUAUAUAAGGAUAAUAGUUCUAUUAACGUUAAUAGCCAAGGGUGCCUGCCCCAAUAAGGGUUAAUCGUAUCGUUCGCUAAACGUUCCCAAUAGCGUUAAUGUUAUAUUAACGUUAAUGUGCAUUGACGUUUAGCGAACCGUACGAUUAACCCUUAUUGGGCAAGCCCAGCCUACUAGAGAGGGAGGCCUCGUCAUUAGGGGAAAAGAAUGCUUCUACGUAGCAAAGGCAGGGUCAGAUCACUGAGGGUAUUAAUAAAAGGUAUACCAUCCUAAAUUAAGGUCAGGGUGGGGUCAAGGGAGCGGCUGGGCCUUUGUACAGCAGUGCCAUGUUCCCCAAACCCGCGAUGAAUAACAUUUGUGAUACAUUUAAAAAGCAUCACAAGAAAGGUAAAUUCAUAUUAAUGAAAAUUUUAUAAACUCAAUAUCAAAGAAAAACAAACUUAUUACCCAUAAGGUAUUUACAUGAGGCAGAAGAAGUAUGGCAUAAACAUUUUACAGUGUUGUUUUAAAAUCUUUGUGUACUUUAUUAACUCACUGGAGUUGCAAGGUGGAUAGGUAAUGUAACAAUAAUGCUUAUAUAAGAUAUUACCUGAUAGUAUGAAAAUAGAAAAUACAUUGGUUUCUCUAUAAAUAUAAAUGUUUUGAAACUUCUCUCGAGCGGCAACACUCAGAGCGACCGAAUGAGACCGGGUCACGUCCUCCUGAUUGACCCCGGGUGAGGAUUUAAGCCUAUUGGGGAAACCUUUUAAAAAAAAAAUUUACCCCAUUGGCUGGUGUGGAAAUAAUGUCAAAGUUUUAAUAUGGGCACAGUAGCAUGACAAGUAUUAUCAAGGAAGCAAAGAAAUAUAAACAGAGAGAGAGAGAGAGAGAGAGAGAGAGAGAGAGAGAGAGAGAGAGAGAGAGAGAGAGUAGAGAGUGGAGGGAGGCAGUGAGAGGCAGAUAUGGGGAUGAGGAAAAAAAGGAAAAAGAAUAGAAGUCAUAGCAACUUCUUGCGGAAAUAUGACAACGCUGUAAACAGGUGCGUCCUGCUACCUGAGCCCACCCUAGCCUUCAAUUCAGGAUGGUGGAUAGUGCAUAUAGUGCUGGGUCAGCUGAGGGCGGAAGAGGUCACGCUCUUGAUUUGGUGCUUAUUAAGGCGAUGUGUUUACAACUUUCUUAAAUCAACAUAUUGUACUUGUGCUCUGUAUUCAAGUGACCAAGCCUUACACGUGUUGUGUUCCCCGCUGUAAAGGAAAUUACAAAAAUGGACCUAAAGUCAGCGUCGUCAGCUUCCUUCAAGAUGAGGUUCUCUCCCGGAAGUGGCUGCAUGCUGUUAAACGGACCAUUUUACUUCAAAUUGAAAGAGCAGGUUCCCCUUCUCCACGAGAUGAGGUGCCACGAUGAGCUUCCUCCUCUUGGCACCCGCGGACACAACCAGCCACUCCUGCCCCUACAGCGCCUUAAUUAACAGUGUAAUUGGAAGGGUGUUGAGGAAAAUUCGGGAGGACGAGGCAACUGUGAUGUCAAUCCUGCCUCUUUGGCCAACUCAGGGUUGGUUUCCGUUUGCACUGAUGUUGUUGGCAGAAUCACCGGUCCUGCUCCCUCGAGAGUGCCUGGUGUUGCCUCAAGAUCCGAGCCUCACACACCCACAGGCACCCAAGUUGAGAAUGGCUUCAAUGAUCCUCUCGGGCAAUCCUUUGAAAACCGAGGUCUUUCGAAGGAAGUUGCCGAAUUUCUCCUUAGAUCAUGGAGACACGGUACAAAAUUGCAAUAUGGGUCUCAUAUCAAGAAGUGGGUGUCAGUUUGUGUCAGCAGGGAAAUUGAUCCAUUUUUACCACCUUUGAAAUUUCUGCUAGAGUAUCUGUUAAUUGAGUUUAACAAAGUCAAUGGACGGAGCUAUAGUACCAUGAAUUCCAUUCGAUGUGCCAUUUCAGCUAUUGCCACUAUUGACGACAAACCUUCAGGCCAACAUCCUUUAGUUAGAAGAU